CUCCAUCUAUCCCUCUAGUUCUCUCUCCAUCUAUCCCUCUAGUUCUCUCUCCUUUUCCUUCCUGUCUUCCUUGUUUCAGGUUUUAUUAGUCAUAUGUACAGGAUACACAUGGUAUACACCGUCCAAUGAAAUGCUUACUUUCCCGUGGCAACACCCCUCUUUCCUUUUCCAUUCUCUCUCCCUUCCCCCUUCUCUCUCCCACUGCUGCUCAUCCCGCUCUGCAUUCCUGGUGUAUUAGCAGAAUAAACAGGCUGUGUGUGUGGGGGCGCUGGGAAACUUGCGCAUUGAAGGCAAAUAUUUACAUAAGACAGUGCAACCUCAGGCUCCAUUUAAAAUAUGAAAGGGCAUUUCAUAAUAGGCAUAACGAGCUACUAGUGUAUAUCAGUGCAUCUCAAAGCUCCCGGUUAAUCGCUGGCUGAUGCUAGGAGCAGAGGUUGAAACAGUGUCUUCUCUCUACACAGGUCUUGGAUCAGGCUAAAGGCUGAAUACCUCUCACUCAGAUGAGAUAUGUUUCUGGUCAUAAGCCUGUAGGUUUUAGAACGUGGCUGGCUAUCAAUGAUUGAUGCCAUCUUCAUUCAGUGGAGCUCUGAGAGAGGGAAAUCUGUUGUCUUACUGUCUCCCUUUAACUCUCUUACUCACUCUUUCUCUCCAUCUCUUUCCCACUCACACUCUUUUUCUGUGUCUCUCCUCCUCUUCCCUCUCUCCUCCUCGUCUUCCCUCUCUCCUCCUCGUUUCUCUCUCUUUUCUCUGCUCUUCUCUCUCCUCCUCCUCUUUCUCUCCCUCUCUUCUCUUCCACUCUCUCUCUCUCUCUCUCUCUCUCUCCUCUCUCCUCCACUUCCCUCUCUCUCUCCUCCACUUCUCUCUCUCCUCCACUUCUCUCUCUCCUCCACUUCUCUCUCUCCUCCACUUCUCUCUCUCCUCUCCUCCACUUCUCUCUUUCCUCUCUCCUCCACUUCACUCUCUGUCUCUCGCUGUCUCUCUCUCACUGUCUCCCUCUCUCUCUCUCUCCCUCUCUCUGUCUCUCUCUCUCUCUCGCUGUCUCUCUCUCGCUGUCUCUCUCUCGCUGUCUCUCUCUCUCUCUUCCUCUCUCUCUCCUCCACUUCCCUCUCUCUCUCUCUCUCUCCUCCACUUCCCUCUCUCUCUCUCCCUUUAGGGUUUUUGUAGAGAGACUGACUAACUCUUGCACAGCUUUCCCAGCCAUUCUAUCUGUGUAGGCCUGUCUGUCCCUGUCUGACUCACUGAUCUGAGGCCAGCGGGAGUUUACAACUGUGCCCAUCCACUCACACUCCCAUCAGUCUCCACCUGAUUCCAGACCUGCCUGCCAGGGUUGACUUUGGCUCCCCCAGCCUGGCUACUGAUGAAAGACAAGGAGAGAAGUUAACGAGAGUUUAGACAGACACACACCUUACACAGCACACAGGUGGUCAGGACCCUCAUCAGGGAUCAAAGGACCUGAAUCAGCUUAAUUUGGACGAAUCUUCUCCCUUUCUCCUGUGAUGUUGAGUUCAAUGAGUCCAUGUUAUUUAGCCGACCUGAGUCACCCUUAGUUUGUUUUGGUCCAAAAUCCAUUAUCAUCUGUUAGUGAUUGUCCCUCAAUGGGUUUCAUAAUAUCACUAUGUUUUGGUGUCACAUCUGAAUCACCUGCCUAUUAGCUAGGUUACUCAACUCUCUCACCUGUCUGUGACAGUCUCUCUGGCCUGACUCAUUUUUUUUCUUCCUUAACCCUUAUAUCAUACCUGUCUGUUAGUCUGCCCCCCCCAUCUCUCUCAUAUCUCUUACCUCUAUCUCUCUCUCCUGACUCACCUGUUUGUUUGUCUGUCCCUCCAUUGGUACGACAGGUGAGGGCUGGCCCUCUAAAGAGGAAGUGUGUGUGUGUGGUGAAGCAGCAGGUGGCUGGCGGGUUAAUGGUAUAAUGGCAAACGGUGUAAAGGAACGGUUACACCAGAGCGCAGGUAUGAGGGUGUGACGAGAUCCUGGAGGUCCUCCAGAUUCACCUGUCCUCCUAGUCCAAGCCCCACCUGCUGGAAAGUGGGAGGGAGGGAAGAAGAGAGGUGUGCCGUGCCGUGGUAGCUCUUUGCAGAACGAAGGUAUGAGUUGAGAGCAGUGUGUGAUACUGAGUGCGUUAGCUGCUUCGUGGGAAAGAUUGACUUGGAUUGAAUACAGUAGGCUGGAUCUCUUGGCGUUAUUUUGGUUCUGUGGAAUAUCUCACAAAAUUCCAUUGUAGCCUACUGCUCCCUUGAGUGGCUGGGGCUAAGCGACGUGGACCAGUGCCUCUAUGUGUUGGAGCGCCUGGAGGAACUGGUGACGCUACAGGACCAGCAGGAGACCCCCAGAGACCCCCAUCUCGGUACCUGUCCUCCCCAGCAUCCGCAGCAUCAUGAGCAGCAGAGCCCAGUGAGAGCAGUGCCGGAGGAGCCCAGUGAGAGCAGUGCCGGAGGAGCCCAGUGAGAGCAGUGCCGGAGGAGCCCAGUGAGAGCAGUGCCGGAGGAGCCCAGUGAGAGCAGUGCCGGAGGAGCCCAGUGAGAGCAGCCACACAGUUGUUUGUGUUUUGUUUCUGUUCCAUCCUCCAUUUGUCCAUUGUCCUGGUUGGUACUAGUUGGUUCUGAAGAGGGCGAGUCAGAAAAAGGAGAAGAGCAGCAGGAAAUAGCAGUGGAAAUGUUUCGGAAAAAAGCUUCGUCCUCCUUGAGAAUGAGAAGAAUAUCAGAAAGCAAUAGAUGGAACAUCGACCGCGGGCGCAGUUCGUCCUUCCAUGAGGUGCGUGGUCUUCGGGAGGCUGAGAUGAGGGCGGCGGCCGACGAGACGUCCAGCAGCAGCAGUGGCAGCAGCAACACCGUCCUGCAACGACUCCUCCAGGAGCAGAUGCGCUAUGAUGAGGGACGCAACUACCAGCUGGCCAUGCAGGAGCAGCAACGGCAGCGGCAGCAGCAGGAAGGAGGGGUGAGCGGGGGCUACCCGGGCCAGGGAGGCCCCAACGACGACCGGCACGACUCCAUGGUGCCCCACAUCGCACGGCAGGAGCCCCAGGGACAGGAGCUGCAGGCAGACAGUGGCAUGGAGAAACUGGGCUCCCGCGGUGGGGGAAGUAGUGGAGUAGGAGGGAUGUGUGGUGCUGGGGGAGGGAGCGGUCAGGGCCCCAACCCAGAGGACUUACCCACCUACGAGGAGGCCAAGGUGCAGUCGCAGUACUUUCGCGGCCACCCGCACCACCAGCUACAUCAGCAACAACAACAACAACAACAGUUGCCUCCGUCGGUGGGCGCAGCAUUUUACGUGACGGCCGUAACCAACAAUGGCAAGGUGCGUACGGAGGGGCGUCCCACGGUUCAGCGUCUGAGCAGCGGGGGAAAGGUGCACCAGGAUGACGGGCUCAAGGACCUGAAGCAGGGCCACGUGCGCUCCCUCUCCGAGCGCCUCAUGCAGCUCUCACUGGCCACCAGCGGGGUCAAGGCCCACGCCCCUGUCACUAGUGCCCCUCUUUCCCCCCAGCUGCCCCCUCCGGGUCCGCCGGGGGACUACUACAAGCCCUCGGGCCAACACCGGGGCCCCCCACCUGACUACCCCUUCAAGAACAUGGGCUCCUCUUCCAAACAGCUGCCGCAGCAUCAGGAACAGGGUGGGCACUAUUACCAGGACCAUCGGCCAAGGGAGCAGGGCAGGAACGAGGUGCCACACGUCCGCUACCAGCCUCCGCCAGAGUACGGCUCCUUCAGGUCCAAUAAGGAGAGCUCCGUCCACUCCCAGAGGUCUGUCCAUCACCACAGCCCCACCUCCUCGGUCACCUCAGUGGGCUCUUUGUCCCGAGCCCAGUCCUCCACCCUCGGUAGUCUCCUCAGCGCCUCCCACCCCUCCCACACACACCCCCACCCCCAGGGGGACCCCUACGCCGCCAUGGCUCCCCGAAGCCCCCAGGGCCCUGGAUCACACCAGGGAGACCCAUAUUGUCCUGGGCCCAUGCACCCUCCAAUUCAGAGGGGCCACAGCUUCCCACACGACCCCUACGGCUCCACCUCCAGGAUGCACCACCAGCAGCACCACCAGUAUCAACAACAGCAGCAACAACAACAACUCCAACACCAGCACCAACAGUACCACUCCCAGUCAUCCCAGGGCCACCCUCCCCAGCACUACCCCCACCCCCAGGGGGACCCCUUCGCCAUGAUGUCCCGCGCCCAGCAGAUGGUGGACAUGGUGUCAGAGGAGAACCGGCUGCUCAAGCAGGAGAUGGAGGUGUGCUGUGAGAAGGUCACCAAGCUGCAGAAGUUGGAGACAGAGAUCACGCUGGUGUCGGAGGCCUAUGAGAACCUGGCCAAGUCAUCCACUAAGAGGGAGGCUCUGGAGAAAACCAUGAGGAACAAGCUGGAGCUGGAGGUGCGCAGGCUGCACGACUUCAACAGGGACCUCAGAGAGCGUAUGGAUACUGCCAACAAGCAGCUAGCUGCUAAGGAGUGGGAGGGAACGGAGGACAACCGCAAGACCAUCUCUCAGCUACUCACCCAGAACAAAGAGACGGUGCGUGAGAAGGAGAAGCUGGAGAUAGAGCUGAACUCACUGCACUCCUCCACGGACGACCAGAGACGACACAUUGAGAUCAGGGACCAGGCUCUCAACAACGCCCAGGCCAAAGUAGUCAAACUGGAGGAGGAGCUGAAGAAGAAGCAGGUAUAUGUGGAGAAGGUGGAGCGCAUGCAGCAGGCCCUGGCCCAGCUCCAGGCUGCCUGUGAGAAGAGAGAGCAGCUGGAGCACCGCUUACGCACACGGCUGGAGCGGGAGCUGGAGUCACUACGCAUGCAGCAGAGACAAGGCGGCACCCAGAGCAGCAGCAGUGGUCAGGAGUACAACGCCACGGCUCUGAUGGAGCACCUGAGGGAGAAGGAGGAGAGGAUCCUGGCCCUGGAGGCAGACAUGACCAAGUGGGAGCAGAAGUACCUGGAGGAGAGCGUCAUGAGGCAGUUUGCCUUAGAUGCCGCCGCCUCCGUCGCCACCCAGAGGGACACGUCGUCGUCAGUGAUAAGCCACUCCGCCAGCAGCAGCUAUGAGCAGCAGCUGUCAGUGGAGGCUCGUAUCCAGAAGGAGGAGGAGGAGAUCCUGCUGGCCAACCGCCGCUGUCUUGACAUGGAAAGCAGGAUCAAGAACCUGCACGCCCAGAUCAUUGAGAAGGACGCCAUGAUCAAAGUGCUCCACCAGCGUUCCAGGAAGGAUCCCAACAAGGACCGGGAUGCCGCGGCCACCAUGCGACCCUCCAAGUCUCUGAUGUCCAUCGCCAACACGGGCGGCUCGGGCCUGCUCUCACACAGCUUGGGCCUCAGCAGCUCCCCCAUCACAGAAGAGCGCAAGGACAGCAGCUGGAAGGGCAGCCUGGGAGUUCUGUUGGGUCCAGAGUACCGUACCGAUUCUCUGAGGACAGAGUCCAUCUCGUCAUCUCCCUCCCCGGUCCUGCCCCUGACAGCAGGCCACUCUAAGACGGGCAGCAGGGACAGCUGCACCCAGACAGACAAGGGCCAGAACCAGGAGGCUAGCAGCAAGCCUAGCACCCCAGCCCUGCAGAGCACGACCCUGCCGAGCCGCCUCUCCAGCCCCAGCCCCGUCUACAUACCUGACCGCAUCGCAGAUGUGCCAGUGUUCCACAGCAGUACCCUGGAGAGGCGUGUCCUGGCGCAGUCCCACCCCCAGGCCACAUCAGCCCCUCAACAGGAGGACAACGACAUGGUGGAGAUUCUCAUCUGAACUGAACCAUGGCCUCUAUAGGUCACAGGACAGGAGGACAAUAUGUGUUUGUGCAUAAUCAAUACACACACACAAACAUUCACAGACACACACUUUCAAAAUAGGUGGAGGAUUCCUUUUUUUGUUUUUUCAACGUUUGGUGUUUAACUAGUUGUCGAGUGACCGAGGGUGUGUUCAAAUGCACAACUUUUUUAGAUGUGCUUUAAUGAACAAUACUUUGUACGGAUUGUGAUUCGGGAGGUUUUAGUGUCAUCAGAACGAUCAGUGUUGCUGGAGGCUAUUGGUUAACUAGCCCCCUUGGACCAAAUGUAUUGGCUACCAUACGUUGCAUCUAUUGCACUACUUACUUUUUCACAUUAAGUCUGAUUUAGGUAAUCUAUUUAUGUGUAGUAAACAGUACAUUAUUCACCAAUGUUAGACGUGGCACUUGGGUAAUCAGUGAUAUUGUAAACUACAAAACAUUAUUUUAACCUGUAGAUACUGUAUGUAUGAUGGCAUGUGUAUCAUUUAACCGAACUGAAUGGAAUAGGUUUUUAGAAGCCAUUCGGUUACAUGGCACUGCCAGCCAAGGACCACAAUGCACUGUUUAAAGUAUUGGGGGACCGGCCCCCCAUGUCACAGUGGAAAACUUGGGGGAGCGAGACUCACAUUUCUACUGUGGUCCAAUGUGCUGCCUGUGUGACCCCACUGGAUGGGGUCUGUCUCUUUCGAAGUGCAGCAGUAGAAGAGGUUUGGUGUUCACCAAUGUGCCUAUGCAUCAGUUAAGGUUCUCCACUACACCUGUCCUUCAUUCCAGUCAUGCUGGGUUUGAAAGGGUCUGCCCAGACUUACUUCAAAUAAUAUUAGGCCUGAAAUAGCCCGUUAGGAUUUUAACUACUAGUUUAUGCAAUGAUCAGACAAUCUGGUAAUCAACUGUCUUUCUACACCGAUUGACAUUGUAUUUAUGAAACUAUAUGGCUCUGUUUACAAAGGAAGCCCAAUUCUGGUCUUUUGACAAUAAUUGGGCAAAAGAUAGGCUGCGUUUAACCAGGCAGCCCAAUUCCUAUGUGGUGAUGAUAGCAGUUGAAAUCCAAGCCAGUUUCACAACCGCACAUGUCCCUUUCUUUUGACCAAAGGUAACAGAAUGAGUUUGUCUGUGGCUUGAUGUGAUAAUGUUAUAUCUAUGAUAUCACAUCAAACAGUGACUGAAAUAUCCACCCAUAUAACAAUCUAGGUAGCAGUUGUGAGCAUUUUUAAUCCAAAGCCAAAAAUGUGGGACCAAAGAAACACUCCACCAGCCUGUCUCCUGGCCUGACUCCACUAUUGUCUUUAAUGUCAAUAGGUUAAGUGGACAUAAAAAAACAACAACACUGAGGCCAAUAAUAUCUGGAAACAAAAUUUUAAUUCACCUGCUCUAACAAACUGUCUCCUCGUAUCUACAUUUCUCCAACCUGGCUGAUGCAGUGUUUGAAAGAAGUACACUACAUCACCAAAAGUAUGUGGACACCUGCUUGUCUCAUUCCAAAAUCAUGGGCAUUAAUAUGGAGUUGGUCCCUCCUUUGCUGCUAUAACAGCCUCCACUCUUCUGGGAAGGAUUUCCACUAGAUGCUGGAACAUUUCUGAGGGGAUUUGCUUCCAUUCAUCCACAAGAGCAUUAGUGAGGUCGGACACUGAUGUUGGGCGAUUAGGUCUGGCUUGCAGUUGGUGUUCCAUGGGGUUGAGGUCAGGGCUCUGUGCAGGCCAGUCAAGUUCUUCCACAUCAAUUUUGACAAACCAUUUCUGUAUGGACUUCGCUUUGUGCACAGUGGCAUUGUCUUGCUGAAACAGGAAAGAGCCUUCCCCAAACUGUUGCCACAAAGUUGGAAUCACAGAAUGUAAUUGUAUGCUGUAGCGUUAAGAUUUCCCCUUCACUGGAACUAAAGGGGCUAGCCCGAACCAUGAAAAACAACCCCAGACCAUUAUUCCUCCUCCACCAAACUUUAUAAUUGGCACUAUACAUUGGUGCAGGUAGCGUUCUCCUGGCAUCCGCCAAACCCAGAUUCGUCCGUCCGGCUGCCAGAUGGUGAAGCGUGAUUCAUCACUCCAGAAAACACUUUUCCAUUGCUCCAGAGUCCAAUGGCGGCGAGCUAUUCACCACUCUAGCCAUUGCUUGGCAUUGAGCAUAGUCAUCUUAGGCUUGUGUGCGGCUGCUUGGCCAUGGAAACCCAUUUCAUGAAGCUCCCAAUGAACAGUUCUUGUGCUGACAUUGCAUCCAGAGGCAGUUUGGAACUUGGUAGUAAGCGUUACAACCAAGGACAGACUUUUUAUGCGCUUCAGCACUUGGCAGUUCUGUGAGCUUGUGUGGCCUACCACUUCGCGGCUGAGCCAUUGUUGUUCCUAGACAUUUCCACUUCACAAUAACAGCAUUUACAGUUGACCGGGGCAGAAAUUUGACAAACUCACUUGUUGGAAAGGUGGCAUCCUAUGACGGUGCCAUGUUGAAAGUCACUGAGCUCUUCAGUCAGGCAAUUCUACUGCCAAUGUUUGUCUAUGGAGAUUGCAUGGCUGUGUGCUCAAUGUCAUACACCUGUCAGCAACCGGUGUGGCUAAAAUAGCCGAAUCCACCGAUUUGAAGGGGUGUCCACAUAACUUUGUAUAUAGUGUACAGUAUGUCAGUUUUAUAACUGAAUAAAAAGCACAAAGUGUUAAGAAAUUAAAAAUGUCCAGCAGGGGGGGGGGGGGGCAAUUUCUCCCCUUGUGGUGUCAAGUUGUUUGUCCAGGAUAGACAAUGGACCCUGGGAUUGGAGACUGAACCUUGGGUGGGGACUAUGGGAUUGAACACCUAAUAUUUUUUUUUUUUUGGUGUUCAUUUUACGCUUCUUGCUAAGGCUCAUUUGGAUGGCUAUCAGUUGCACUUGCUGUUUUACUGUUUGUAAAAUGACACUUUUCAAUGGUUACAUUUUCAAAAGGCCAAUGGAUUUCAUGUUCAAUUUAUUGGGAGAGCAUUAAAUGUUUUGUCAUGGUGUUACUAACAGCCAUGUCAAAGUCCCCAUUAUCAUGUACUGUACCAGCCUGCGCCGGAAGCUUCAGAAAUGUAAUUUAUACAUUAAUUCAACUCUUAAAGCAAAGGUGUUCCCCUUAAAAUCUGUACUGAUAGCAUACAGCACAAUAUGCAACUCUUUGCGGUCCCACCCAAAUGCCAGUCCAUGGGUCUUGCUUCAAAUUUCAUUAGGUGUUCUGUACCCAUUACUGUCAAACAGAUGAUUAGCAUUUACAUGUUUAAGUCAAAGUGAGCCUGUAGACCUGCCUUAUCAGUGUGGUGAUGGGAAUAAUUAUCAAACUAUGUAUUAACGUUUUUGGUCAAUCAAGAGCAGAGUUGGUGAGUUUACCGGAAUAUCUGGUAGUAAUGAAUGUUACUUUUUUAAAGAUGCAAGGUCUUCUAGUAUUUGUGCCUUUCAACAUCUGUAAAAUAGAUGCUGCUUGACAGUCAUUACUGUACAAUCGCCAUUCACGUUUAAUUAAAUUGUAUUUCUAGUCAGCCAUCUGGUUUUUACAACAACAAAAAAUUCAUGCCGUUUUUAUUUGUGGUUGAACAUUUUUUGGGGUGUAAUUUAUGUACUCCUGACGACUUUCCAAAUGUUUCAGAUAGUGAGUUUACUUGGUUUAGUAUUACAUUUAUUUUGUUAAAUAAAUAUACAAUGUGA